CAAUAGACCAACCCCUUGAACAUGUGGCCAUCUUUUCUCCGAUCAACGCAGAAGUAUUUUAAAUCUACACAGGUCACACUGGCUCUCACAAGUCGUAGGGAAGAAGACCGUCUACCGGACACCAACCUCUCAACUGCGUCUUGUCUGUCUACCUGUAUGGAGAUACGACUGAUGCAUCAGGUUCAAACGGCUUAUUACGACUAGAGUGGACUCGGACUUUAUAUUCAUCCUCCCCGUUAUGAUACUCAAACAGAUUCAUUGAGUGGUUGAUUGUUUGAUGCAUAUGCCUAAAAAGUGUUCAUAUUCACACUAAAUACUUUUGAACAAGUAAACGUUGUGUAGAAGCAACAGUUCCGGUAACAGAAAUCUUAUGUACAUAUUGUUGAGGGGAAAAAAACUCGCACUGACUUGCAGUCAAGAGGCAGACAGACCACGCCUGAAAAACCAGGGGCGUAGAAGGAAUUUAGACUUUUCCACCAGUGAAACACAUCCCAACUCUUUUCCUCUUUUCACUGUGUCGACGCAGUCAGCCACCCGACCCGACAGAGGACAAGAAAAAGGACUUGCACAAUGGCUGGGGUGGCAUCAACGUUGGCCAAGAAGAGGGCUUUGGCCGCAGGAUUUGGCACUAAUGCCAAUGCGUCGAAGUACCUAAACCAAGACUUCGAGUCUCUCAGGAGCGAGUGUCUGGGUAGAGGUUCACUUUUCACGGAUUCCACUUUUCCAGCCGAACCUGCGUCCUUGGGAUUCAAUGAGCUCGGACCGAGAUCUUCCAAAACCAGAGGUGUGCAAUGGAAACGACCUGGGGAGCUGGUGUCCAGCCCGGAGUUCAUCGUUGGUGGAGCCUCGAGAACCGACAUCUGUCAAGGCGGCUUGGGUGACUGCUGGCUCCUGGCGGCCAUCGCCUCUCUGACCCUGAAUGAAGAUGUGAUGGCCCGCGUUGUUCCUGCAGGACAAGGCUUUGGACGUGGAGAGUACGCUGGGAUCUUUCACUUCCAGUUCUGGCAGUUUGGUGAGUGGGUGGACGUGGUGAUUGAUGACCGGCUGCCGGCGAAGGAUGGGGAGCUGCUGUUUGUUCACUCAGCCCAGGGCUCUGAGUUCUGGAGCGCCCUGCUGGAGAAGGCCUACGCCAAGGUGAAUGGAUGCUAUGAGGCUCUGUCAGGGGGCUCCACCACUGAGGGCUUUGAGGACUUUACAGGAGGGAUAGCAGAGAACUAUGACCUGAAGAAGGCUCCCUCCAACCUGUUCCAGAUUAUCAGGAAAGCCCUGGCCUCUGGAGCUCUGCUGGGCUGCUCCAUCGAUAUCACCAGCCAGGCAGACUCGGAGGCCAUCACCAAUCAGAAGCUGGUGAAAGGACACGCCUACUCUCUGACCGGGGCUAUCGAGGUGAACUACCGUGGGCGCAAGGAGAAGCUGGUCAGAGUGCGUAACCCCUGGGGAACAGUGGAGUGGACUGGGGCCUGGAGUGACAACUCCUCUGAGUGGAACAGCGUGGAUGUUUCUGAGCGGGACAACGUGAAGGCAGACGAUGGAGAGUUCUGGAUGUCCUUCUCUGACUUCACGAGGCACUACCAUCGCCUGGAGCUCUGCACUCUGACCCCUGACACACUGACCACUGAUGACGUUAAACACUGGAGCGUGUCUAACUACGAUGGGGCCUGGAGGAAAGGAUCGACCGCAGGAGGAUGCAGGAACAACCCCUACACGUUCUGGAUGAAUCCCCAGUUCAAGAUCAAGCUGGAGGAAGAGGAUGACGACCCGGGUGAUGAUGAGGUGGGCUGUAGCUUCGUGGUGGGACUCAUCCAAAAGAACAGAAGACGGAUGAGGAAAGCAGGAGAGGACAUGCACACCAUCGGAUUCGCCAUCUAUGAGGUGCCGGAACAGUUCCACGGCCAGCGGGAGGUCCACCUGGACAAGAACUACUUCCUGUCUCACGCCCAGACGGCCCGUUCGGAGACCUUCAUCAACCUGAGAGAGGUCAGCACCCGCUUCAAACUGCCCCCAGGAGAAUACCUCAUCGUCCCCUCCACCUUCGAGGCCAACCUGAACGGGGACUUCUGCCUACGAGUGUUCUCCGAGAAACAGGCCGAAACACUGCCCUGUGACGACCCGGUUAAGGCAGAACUAGAGGAUGACACAGUACCCGAGGGGGAGGUUGAUGCUGGCUUCAGGGGCCUGUUCACUAAGCUAGCUGGAGAUGAUAUGGAGAUUUCAGCAUCUGAGCUCAGGAGUAUUUUCAACAAAAUCGUUGCUAAGCGAACGGACAUAAAGACGGACGGCUUCAGCCUGGACACAGCCAGAAUCAUGGUCAACCUCAUGGACGACAGUGGUAAUGGCAAACUGGGGCUGGUAGAAUUUGCAACACUGUGGAAGAAGAUUCAGAAAUACCUGUCCAUCUAUAAGAGCAAUGACAUGGAUGGGUCUGGCUGUAUGAGCACACCAGAGAUGAGGAUGGCCUUGAACAAAGCAGGUUUCAGCCUGAACAACACUCUCCACCAGGUUUUGGCAGCUCGGUAUGGAGAGGCCGACAUGACCAUUGACUUUGAUAACUUCGUGGCUUGCGUCAUGCGCCUGGAGAUGAUGUUCAAAGUCUUCAAGAAGCUUGACAUGGAUGACACUGGUUUCAUUGAAUUGGAUUUCUUCCAGUGGUUGUCAUUUUCCAUGAUCUAGAAGAUGGCAGCACAAGACCUGUUCUCUCAAAGACCUGUUCUCUCAAAGACCUGUUCUCUCAAAGACCUGUUCUCUCAAAGACCUGUUCUCUCAAAGACCUGUUCUCUCUGACCUGUUCUCUCUGACCUGUUCUCUCUCUGACCUGU